CCCGUCGUGUUGAUACAUGACAUGGAGUGCGGUGUGAACGUGACGUUCAACGAGACCUUGGAAGGAGCCUUGGGGGACGCCCUUGCCUUCAGGGACGACUCCAGGUUCUGGAUACAGAGGGUGAUACAACCUGUGGUGAUCAUGUUUGGGGUGAUUGGUAACUUGGUGACUAUCGUAGUGUUGACUCGUCCUAGGAUGUCCUCGUCUACCAAUACCUACCUCACAGCCUUGGCGGUGUCGGAUCUCAUCUACCUUGUGUGUGUGUACUUCCUCUCUCUGGAGAACCUUCCCUACAACAAGACCGAGGAGUACCUGUGGUAUUGGAAUACUUGGAGGUGGCUGUUGUGGAUUAGCGAUGGAUCAAUGGGCAUCUCUGUCUGGUUGACAGCCGCCUUCACAUUUGAGCGCUACAUCGCCGUAUGCCACCCCCUGAGAGGGCGGGUGUUCUGUACUGAGGCGCGGGCUCGACGAGUCAUCAUUGUCAUAUACAUAUUAUGUUUACUCUCAACUUGUACAACACCCUUCGAAUGGAGCAUUGAGGUAAAAGACGGGAUGGUGUGUAAGAAGAUGACAGAGCUCGCCAUGGACCAGACGUACAAGAACUACCUCUACUGGUUCUGGGCCGCCAUGUUCGUCUUCGUACCUCUGGUCAUUAUCGCUAUUUUCAACACUUUCCUGAUAGAAGCUGUCCAUCGCAGCAAGAGACAGCGGAGCGGACUCACUCAGCAAAUAGAGCCUAGAGACUGCGCUAACAGCAGUCGUCAGCGCCAGGAGAACAAGAUCACCACGACACUGAUCGCUGUCGUCAUCUUGUUCAUCGUGUGCCAGACGCCAGCGGCCAUCAUGCUCGUCGUCUACAUCUUUUACAGCCCCGAUAAGAGCACGCCUGCUGGAGCGAUCAUGCUGGGUCUGGGAAACAUCUUCAACUUCCUGACAACCGUCAACGCCUCCAGCAACUUCCUGCUGUACUGCGUGAUGAGCGACAAGUACCGUCGUACCCUGGUGCUGACACUGUGUCCCUGCUUAGCAACAAGGCACCAAAGAUCUCACACGUUCACCUCGUACUACGCCAGCCAUCACAACUCGUCCGUGCGCUUCAACUCGCCCAAUGCGCUCAACACAUAGCAGGACCAGUGCUAGAGGAUACUGUAUAUACUAGGGUAGUGUGUGGUAGCCACGGCGGACUAUAGAGCGAGGGGUUGCUUGAUGUGUGAGUGACAAAACUGAGGGAAUUCAGAGUAUGUGAAUAUCGUGAGGAAAAGCUGCAAGGGGAAUUACACAACAAGAUUCCUAAUUUUAAUCUGUAAUUCAUAAUAUUUCCUACAAACGUAGGUAAGGUCAUAAAAGUAGUUCAGGGGAUUUAAAAUAUAUUGUUAGGGAAAAGAUCAUUUCAUUUAUUUAAUUUUAACUCAUUAACUAAAGGUUACAUAUUAGUACAUAUAUCAAAUGUUGAUGUUACCGCAAUUAUUUAGGAUAUCGGGAACAUUAAUAAUAUAAAGCUGCUAUCCCUUUGUUUUUACAUCGGCUAUAGUUUGAGAUUGACCAAAAAAUUUGGAUAUUUGAUUUUGUAAUUUUCUAUUUCCUAAUCUUGAUAAAUUGGCUUGGUUUAAUAUCGACAUAUUAGAGCUGGAGUCUUGCAAAUAAUAUGCAUUCACAAAAAUUCCAUAAAUUAACAUCCCAUUAAAUAACAGUUUUAAUUUUCUAUUUCUAUGAAACGUUUGCAUCUUUGACCUACCACUUGGGCGAUCCUGGAAAUUUCUUAAUACUAAGUAACGCAAAUUAUAAUAUUUCUCUUUUAAACAUGAAAAUCUACACCCGAAAGCGAUAAAUACUAUUUCAGCUAACAAUAUAAUCAACUAUGUGCAACUACUUAAAAUUAUUUUCUGGCAAAAUGUUUUAAGGAGAAUAAUCAAACCAUUGUGAUACGUCGCUGGCUAGAAAUGUAUUCCAUAAACUAGAGUGAAUUAAUUAGUGGUUUUGUCACUCAGCAAAUGAACUGUCUGUAUAUACUCCUAACUCGCUACUUUAAACACUUUUUAACUUGUUGUGGUGUUGCUGAAUGUUUACAAAACGAUCUGUGCUCACAAAACUGUUUGUUCCAUUGGAGCAGAGAAUCGAAAUUAUCUAGUUUUUUAAGUAUCGUCGAUUAAGUACUAUGCUAAUGGAGAAAAAAUGUUCAAUCAGAAACGAAUAAUAAAGUGAAGAAAAAAAGCUUGUUUUGCUGUAAAAUUCUUUAUUUAUAUUUAACUUUUAUAUUUGUUCUUUAUUUUAUUUAUUUGUUAACUUGAAAUAUUUUCAAAACUUAAAUGUGAGUAAAUGGAUUACAUUAAAUGAGCAUGGUUUCCUAGAUUAAAUAGGUAAAUUAGUCUAAUAAAACUAUCUACAGGUAUUAGUGUUAACCUAACUGUAAAUAAACAUUAGAUUAAUAUGUUAUGUACUUAGUAUAUAAAUGUAUAUACCGCUUUAGAUGUAUCAAGAAAUGUCGCUUUGUAUAUUGUAAAUAGUGCAUUGAUUAUUGGAAUGUUUGUUUUUCGCUAAUAUAUUUAGAUUCUUUUUAUUAAACUAUAUUUACAACGAAUACAGUACACAACUUAUUAAAAUCAAGGUUCUGUCAUGCAAAAAUAAUUUCAUAUUGGCCGUUUUAAUAUGUUUUACCAAAGUGAAGAAAUUUUUAUUCUGCACAUCAAAUCACCACGUUCUUUUUAAUCAUGUCAAAUAAUUAAAUAUAGCCAUAGAUAAAAAGCAAAUACCAAAAAUAUGUAAGUUGAAUUUUCUCUGAUAACUCUGGUAAUAUUAUUAAAAAAUUAUUAAUCGAUAAUCUUGCUACCUUUACAUUUUUAUUUAAUUGUAUAGCAUAUUUUAUAGACAUUGAGCUUCAUGUAGUAUAGUUGAUCAACAAAAAUAAGCACGUUUCUUCAAUGUUUUCGUUUAUUACGUUUAAAAAAAAAUAAAAAAAGGUGUAUGAUUCACUAUUGAAAACAAAAUACAUUAGUUUAUAUUUGAGACGACUCAACAUUCAAUCGCCAAUCUUAAGCCCAAGAACAGCAUUGAGAGCUUUACACCCACUGAAAUGUCACGAUCACUUUCCAAAAAUAAGUCCAGUAAAACAAGGAUAUAUUGAUUUCAUACUAUUUAAGUGUAGUAAGUGGUUUUUGAAAUAACAACUUUUGAAAAAUCCAUUCAGUUUUAUUUAACUAGAUCUGUUUAAAUUAUGGUGAAGAAAGAUAUUAUAUUCGUACUUCAAUUGAUUCAAUGUAAUUAAAUUUAAUUGUCUUAAAGUUUAGUUUAUUAAGGAUAACCUAAACAAGUAUAUAUUUAUUGUAUUACGGAUGUUUUAAUUUAUAGUUAAAAUCUAUUAACAAAAUUCUUUAAGUGUACGUAGAUUUUAUGACUGUUUUAUAUAUUUUAAAUCAAGAAAGUUCUAAUUUUUAGAGUUUAGAUUAUUAAAAUAAUUAGUUUUCUUGUAACAUCUCCUGAUGUGAUGUACAGACUCUGUUCAAAUAUAAAUAUUUUAUAAUUUAAUACAUUAUAGUGUACAUAUUUGCCUCUUCCGUUCGCAUAGUUGUUAUUGUUCAUGUUUUAACUAUUAAAACUGUUUUAUGUCAUUUUGUUGUAAAUAAAUUAUGUAAGCUAAAAA